ACCCGGAGUUUUUGUCGUCUCACCUAUUCAACGAUCAAUUAACUUCAUAAAAGUCUGAGGGUGGAUGUUCUGCUGCUGCUAACAGGUCCUCCGCAGUGCGAGGAGGCGCCUCGGAGGAGCAGCGGCCAUGUUGUCGGCGGAGGAGAUCCUGUGCAACACGCAGCAGGUGAUCGCCGGGCUGGAGGCGCUGAGGGGGGAGAACCGCGGCCUCCUGGAGAGCCUGCAGGAGGCGUCUCAGAGCGGCGGUGUGGAGCAGGAGAAGAGCGGCAUCAUCCGGCAGUCGCUGGAGAGGAUCGAGCUGGGCCUGAACGAGGCGCAGGUGAUGAUGGCGCUGUCGGCUCAUCUCGGGUCGCUGGAGGCUGAAAAACAAAAGCUGCGAGCUCAGGUGCGUCGUCUCUGUCAGGAGAACCAGUGGCUGAGGGACGAGCUGGCCGGCUCUCAGCAGCGGCUGCAGGACAGCGAGCAGGAAGUCGUCACCCUGGAGGAGCAGAACAGACACCUGCAGUUCAUGUCCUCCAUACGCAAAUACGACCAGGACGAGUCGCCUCUGGAUGACAGGAACUCCUCCUCCAACAAGGAGACUUUGGAUGACCUGUUUCCUGCUGAGGAUGAGGAGCAGUCACAGAUGUCCCAGCCUCACCACAGCAGCGCGGCGGCCGCGGCUCAUCAGGGCGGGUACGAGAUCCCCGCCCGCCUGCGAACGCUCCACAACCUGGUGAUCCAGUACGCGUCUCAGGGUCGGUACGAGGUCGCCGUUCCCCUCUGCAAGCAGGCUCUGGAAGACCUGGAGAAGUCCUCUGGCCACACCCACCCUGACGUGGCCACCAUGCUGAACAUCCUGGCGCUGGUGUACAGAGAUCAGAACAAAUACAAAGAGGCAGCAAACCUGCUGAACGAUGCCUUGGCCAUCAGGGAGAAAACUCUGGGAGUUGACCAUCCGGCUGUGGCAGCCACACUCAACAACUUGGCCGUUCUUUAUGGCAAAAGAGGAAAAUACAAAGAAGCUGAGCCUCUUUGUAAACGAGCUCUGGAGAUCAGAGAAAAGGUUCUGGGCACGGACCACCCUGAUGUGGCCAAGCAGCUGAACAACCUGGCUCUGCUGUGUCAGAACCAGGGGAAGUACCAGGAAGUGGAGCAGUACUACGAGCGGGCUCUGCAGAUCUAUCAGAGCCGACUGGGUCCAGACGACGCCAACGUAGCCAAGACCAAGAACAACCUGGCCUCCUGUUACCUGAAACAAGGGAAGUACAGACAAGCUGAAGCUCUUUACAAGGAGAUUCUGACCCGAGCUCACGACAAGGAGUUCGGAUCUGUGGAUGGUGACGGCCGUCCCCGCUGGUCCGGCGUGGAGGACAGUGGGUCCGCUCAGGACGGGCUGAAGCGCAGCAGCUCCUUCACCAAACUCAGGGAGUCGAUCCGGAGGAGCAGCGAGAAGCUGGUCCGUAAGCUGAAAGGAGUCGGGAUGGAGGAAACCCCGAGGAAUGCUGGGAUGAAGAGGGCGAACUCUCUGAAUGUUCUUAAUGUUGGAAGCAGAGAGAGUCAGGAUGGAACCCAGGUGAGUCGUUUGACGGACAGUCGAGGUCUGAGCUCCAGCACUCAGAGCCUGACGAGGAGAGGCUCACUCGGUGGGACCAGAUAACACACAAACACGUCCAAAUUUAACUCUUUGUAAAGAAAAACCGGAAGGAUGUUCAAACGCUGAGAAAAUCUGCUGCUCAUAACGAGACCAAAAAAACUUUAGAAAGAAGAUCAAUGUUAUGUUAAAAACAUUUUAAUAAUGUCUUAUUUGUUUUUAACAUUUAGAAAAGUUUGUCACACGUUGAAUCCUUACAUUCCUGGAUUAUAAAUGUGGAUUUUAAAAAAAGGCAAAUGAAACAUUCUUGUUAAUGAAAGAGCAGGUUGAAGCAAAUAUUUAUAUUUUAUUAAUUAAACCUUAUUUAUUGAAAACAAAGAUUUUCUAAAACAAUCACUUCUUGUAAAAAAAACAGGGAUGAAGUUAGCAAAACACUGAAGUUUUUGUUAAACUGCACAUUUUUAUUCAUUCAUGAGGGAGAAGUCAUGUUUUAACUUUUGAAGGGAUUUUAAACUCUGGAUAGUUUUUCUACAGAAAUGAGUUUAGUUUAGUGAACCACGUUUACAGUAAAGACACUGUGUUGUAGAUGCAUCAGUAUUUAUUUUAUUGUAUUAAAUUUUAUUUAGAGAAUAGUUUGAACAUUUCUGUUGCUCAGUUUUAUAGAGAAGCUUAAAGUCAUGAAAAUUUAAAUCAAACUGACAUUUCUCUUACAUAAAUUGUUCACAUGUCCUUAAAUUAAAUCACUGUGUGUGUUUGUUUACCUACAAAAACAGCCAAAGUGACUGAAAAUAUAAAAACCCAAAGUAAAUGACUAAUUUAGUAAUACUGGAUUAAAAUCUAAAAUUUGUUACAAUAAACAGAACAGUUCAGUUUGAGGAUAAAUUAUUUUGUAUUUGUUGUAACUUUGGUUUGUUUGGAUGACAUCACAUGGUGUAAUUGACAAAGUAAAAAAAAUAAAACGAGCAAAAACUGGAAA